GAAAAGCGCCAUCUCUUAUUAGUGAAUUAAACCUAUAGACAUACUAUUUAUAUGUGUUAACUGUUGAUUGCAAGUAGUCAGUGUAUUUAGGUUAGAUAUUUCUUCCUCUUUCUUUUUUUGGAGUUAAUACCGCUUAUAAUAAGAAACUAAUGCUAAUUAAUUAAUUAGCAUUUAAAAUAUUACUAAAUUACCUGAUAAUUAAAAUAAUAAUAUUUAAUUAUCAGGGAAGAUAAAUUAAAGAACGGAAAUUGUAAGCUCCAAAAUGGUUUGUGAAAAGUGUCAAAAAAAAUUAGGAAAAGUCAUAACUCCAGAUCCUUGGAAAAAUGGCGCCAGGAAUACAGUAGAAAGUGGAGGACGUAAAGUUGGAGAAAAUAAAGCACUUUCUGCAGGAAAGGCAAGAUUUAACCCUUAUACUGCUACUUUUGAGACUUGCAGAAUAUGUAGACAGAAAGUACAUCAAGUUGGAUCACAUUAUUGUCAAUCGUGCGCAUAUAAAAAAGCUAUAUGUGCAAUGUGUGGUAAGAAAUUACUGAAUACAAAGAACUAUAAACAGUCUGCUACAUAAAAUCUGUUACGUUUAUCAUAGUAUAAAUUUAUACUAUGAUAAUCAUAAGAUAAUAAGUGUAUUCCUAUAAUAUUUUAAUGAUGUAAGCUAGUUAAGUUUCCUUUAAAAUAUAAA